GCGAAAGAAUAAAUACCUGGGGAUAUAGCGCCGGGGUGGAAUAACUUCAAGGGAACGUGAUUCCUGGCACCUUGGUGUAUGAAUUAUUAGAGGGAAAAGGGCAAUUUACACUUCAAACAGCUGAAUAUCUGAAUUUUAACCUGACAGCACAAUUUGAAAUAAAACUAUCUUCAUAAUGGCGAAACGAGGAGCCGCUGUUCAGUUGACAGACAGAAAUUGGGACGAGGAGGAGGAAAAUGAAGUGGCAGGCCACUUUAAAGUUGCUGAUGAUGAUCAAUUGAGCAAACGAGUAAUAAGAAAGGCAAAAAGACGUGUUACAGGCAGUGAUGAAACAUCGGGAAGUUUUAAAAGCUUUCAAGGAUUUGGUGUCCCACAAAAUUCAUCGACACCAAUGAUCAGCAAUGCGCCAAAUACUUUGUCUUUGACGGGAUUUAAAGGCUUUGGAAAUGGAAAUGAAAAGAAAGAUAAUGCACAAGUAGCGACAUCGGACUUGAAUUCUGCUUAUAUGACUCAACUCAAGAGAUUGAACCAAGAAGUUUGUGAGUGGAUAAAGAAACAUAUCAAUGAAAAUCCGUACGUUGAUUUAACACCAGUCUUUAAGGAUUAUGAAAAACACCUGGGAAAUCUUGAGAAGAAAUUCCCUGCUGCCUGCAAGCCCGUGGAAAUGAGUAACAUUUCCCCGAAAAUUACAACAUCUGGUGGAAUGAGUUCUAGUGUUGUUCAUAGUUUUAAUGGAGGUACAACUACAAAUUUAAGCCGAGCUAAUGACGUUAAACCUCCCGAAAGUUGUGAAUCGUCAGAUGACACACCACAGAAUAUCCAGAGUCAAGCUAAAAGCACACCGGAGGAAGAAGCGUUUUAUUCAAUUCGCUGUAAACUUUUCUUCAAACGGGACAAUGACUGGUCUGAACUUGGCGUUGGAACGUUAAGUUUAAAGAAAAUUACCAGGGAGAAAAUUCGGGUGUUAGUACGUAAUGACACAGCAUUGAGCAAGAUACUUUUAAAUAUCUUCGUUAGCAAUGAAACUCCCACAUCACGCUCAGGAAACAAUGUUUUACUCAUGAGUGUCCCCAACCCGCCUGUUUUUGGCAAGGAAGGUGAUAACACAAAGCCUGUCAGUUAUCUCAUUCGUGUAAAAACGUCAGAAAAGGCAGAUGAAUUACGAAACAAUUUAAAAACAUCUGAAGAUUAGAUCAUUUUGGUGAAGCUUUUGUGACAUUUCCUGUGGAGGUCCAUGAACAGAACGCGAUGUAAAUAACAGAUCCUGCUUUCUACGUGCAAUUCCUUAACAGAACAGAAGUUAGAAUAUAGUUUUUGCAAACUGUUUAUCAUCACUUAAUGAUACCAUUAAAGAAACCGAGUUCAUUUAUAACACUUUAUAACAAAAGAAAUAUUUUGAUCAAAUUUGAGAAAUAUUUUAGCGUAGAUACUGUAUUUACAUCAAUUUGGCAUGGUGUAUUUAUUUUUAUGUGCACGAUGUAGUAAUCCUGUUCAGUAAAAAUUAAAACUAAA